AUGUUUUGGGCCGAGACUGGCGAUUUUCGUGAUAGUCAUAGUUCAAUGACCGCUGUAGCAAAUAGUUUGGAUAGUACACAUUUAAAUAAUUUUCAAGCAUCAUCAUCGUCAGCGUUGUCGAAUCGAAAUCGGGAUCGCAAGGAUGUCAAUGAGACCACAAUCAAAACUGAAAACAUAUCAAAUUCCGGUCAUGACGAACCGAUGACAACCACAACAGAUGAGCCGAAAAACGAUAAGAAAAACAAGCGUCAACGCCGCCAACGUACACAUUUCACAUCGCAACAACUGCAGGAGCUGGAGCACACAUUUAGCCGCAAUCGCUAUCCGGAUAUGUCGACACGCGAAGAGAUUGCUAUGUGGACAAAUUUGACCGAAGCUAGAGUUAGGGUAAGUUGA